AAAAAAAGGAAGGUGUGGUCAUGGCUGUUUAUUACUUACUCUUGGGUGACUAGGCGACAAAGUACGGGUGAAAGGACACAGAAAAACCCAGUGCUGGAAAAAUUAAGAUUGCAAGACAUAGUUGACAAGCCGUGUAACCAGUUUCAUCAUGAAUGUUAAUCAGGCAAAUGGUCCCACUUAUGAUAAUAUGGGCUUUCAGCAUGAGAAAGGAAGACCCCCACCAUUCGCCCCACAGCAAGGCCUCUAUCCGAGUCUACCGACUCCGACCUAUGUCGCCUUCGCUCCCAAACCUAUUAACACACACCAAAGCACGACACCUGCUACGCCACCAGUUACUACAGAAACCAAAGAAAAAAAAACGUGUCCAUGGAAACGAAUCCUUGGUGGAUCCGUAAUUGUUCUUAUGAUUCUGGCUAUUGUGGCGCUCUUAUUGUGGUACUUCUUGUACUUCAAAUGUCCAUUGGGCAAGCCAUGCAAGUAUAGUUGGAAGUGUCUUCGCCCCACCCAGUGGUAUGAUGGAAUACAUGACUGUCCACAUGGAGAAGAUGAGAUCUGCUUUCGCCAUCAUGGAAGCAACUUCACGUUGGAGAGUUUCUCAUCAUACACCGAAUCGUGGGUUCCUGUUUGUGGCGAUGGAUGGGAUGACAAUUUUGGGAAGGCUGUGUGCGAGCAGAUGGGUUAUAAGAGGGAGGAGUAUGCAAGGUACAGCAAAACAAACAUAUCAACCGCGGGAAAAUUCGUAAAGCUGAGGCGUGACAGCAACCAUGAAUUGCCAAUACAGCCCCAGCUGGUUCCCAGCGUACUUUGCUUAGAGGGAUCUGUCAGGCUUCACUGUGUUGAUUGUGGAGAAAGUUCUGCAUCCCCUAACAGUCGCAUUGUAGGUGGUAGAGAGGCUAAAGUUGGCGCCUGGCCAUGGCAGGUCAGUCUCCAGGUUUCCCGUCAAGGACACGUUUGUGGAGGCUCUAUUAUCAGCCAGCACUGGAUUUUAUCUGCUGCGCACUGCUUCCAACGGUCCCAGUUCUCCAAGCCAUCAAUGUGGACUGUGCACGCUGGCAAGAUAAAGUUGUCUGAGAUGAAGUUCACUUUUGGCAAUCGAGUUGACAAAAUCAUCAGUCAUGAGAAGUUUGACUCGGAUACUAACGACAAUGACGUCGCACUUUUGAAGCUGUUAACACCUUUGACAUUUUCAAAGACAGUAAAGCCAGUUUGCUUACCAAACUUCGGCAUGGAAUUCUCAGACGGACAACCGGCUUGGAUUACAGGUUGGGGAGCUUUGCGAUCAUCUGGCCCAUCCCCAGACAUACUAAAUGAGGCUGAGGUGACAAUUUACAGCCGAAAGAAGUGUAACAACUGUACAAUAUUAGAUGGGGCAGUUACAGAGUCGAUGAUUUGUGCCGGCAAACUCAGCGGAGGCGUCGAUUCAUGUCAGGGGGACAGCGGAGGACCUUUGGUGGUCAAAGAAUCCAACAAGUGGUGGCUGGCAGGUGACACUAGCUGGGGGAUUGGCUGUGCUCUGAAGAACAAGCCAGGGGUCUACGGCAAUGUAUCCUACCUUCUUGACUGGAUAUAUUGGAAGAUGGCGACCAAUUGAUGGAAAUACUGGUGAACACGAACACACUCUCAGCCUUUGCUUGGCGUUACUGAUUAACACAAAAACGUUGCACUUUGGAAUGAAAAUAUUGAUCUAUGUUUUUAUUUGAACAAAUGUAUAGGAAUAAAUACUUUUUUGCACAAAGGAA